GUUUGCUUGCACGACAAAGGAGGGGUGAGCUGAAGCGGUUGAAUGAUCAGCUACGUCAGAUCAAUGCAGCACUUAGAAGACAAGCCAAAAUAGAAUCUUAUGCUCCUAAGCUGAGCUAUGCACCAGUUGGCAGGAUAGCUGAAUCAGAAGUUGUUGUUGACCCUAAAAAAGAAGAUUUAAUUAAAAAAUUGAGAUUAGGGAAAAAUUUUUUGCGGAAUCAUGAGCUUGAGAGGGCAUUUCUGGAGUUUAAGACCGCUCUAGAGCUUUCAGAGGCAUUGGGGGAUCAUGUUGAAGAGAAGAAGGCUGCAAGAGGUCUUGGGGCAUCUCUGCAGAGGCAAGGCAAGUACAAAGAAGCCAUAAAAUAUCACUCCAAAGGUCUCGAAAUAGCCAGACACUCCAAAGUUCUCGAAAUAGCCAGCAAGGUUGGCGAAAACUCCGGCAUAACCGAGGCCUAUGGAGCAAUAGCAGACUGCUACACUGAGCUUGGAGAUCUUGAAAAAGCAGGGAAGUUCUAUGACCAGUACAUAGCAAGGCUGGAGAAAGACUGACUGAUAGAUCUUGGGCUUGAACCAGCUUUAGAUAAUGCCUGCAUCUCUAUAUCUUCUCUCCCAAGCAGAAUCGCUCAAGAGGUUUGAGCUUUGACCUUCUUAUACGCAACGGUACACUACUACUUUUGUAGCAUUAUUGCUUUUAAACAUUUUGCAUCGAUGAUCUCAUUUUUGGAUAUUGUAGCCCUUU